AUGUCCAAAAUACUAUCUCUACAACUUCCAUGGGUUGAGAAGUACCGUCCUCAAGUUCUAUCAGAUAUAGUAGGUAAUAAAGAGACCAUUGAUAGGCUCCAGCAAAUUGCUAAAGAUGGUAACAUGCCUCAUAUGAUCAUAUCUGGUAUGCCAGGUAUAGGUAAGACCACUUCAGUCCACUGUCUUGCUCACGAGCUUUUGGGACAUUCCUAUGCUGAUGGUGUUUUGGAACUGAACGCUUCAGAUGACAGAGGUAUUGAUGUUGUCAGAAACCAAAUAAAACAUUUUGCCCAAAAGAAAUUACAUCUACCUCAAGGGAAACAUAAAAUAGUUAUUCUUGAUGAGGCAGACUCAAUGACUGCGGGCGCCCAGCAAGCCUUGAGAAGGACCAUGGAACUGUAUUCAAAUUCUACGAGGUUUGCAUUUGCUUGUAACCAAUCAAAUAAAAUUAUUGAACCACUGCAAAGUAGAUGUGCCAUUCUAAGGUAUUCUAAACUGUCAGAUGAGGAUGUUUUGAAGCGCCUUCUGGAGAUCAUAAAACUGGAGGAUGUAAAAUAUACAAAUGAUGGGUUAGAAGCAAUCAUUUUUACAGCAGAAGGUGACAUGAGACAAGCAAUAAACAAUCUACAAAGUACAGUAGCGGGCCAUGGUCUAGUGAAUGCAGAUAAUGUCUUUAGGAUUGUUGACUCUCCGCAUCCUCUAAUAGUGAAGAAAAUGUUAUUAGCCACGAACCUAGACGAUUCGAUUCAAAUUUUGAGAACAGACCUCUGGAAAAAAGGUUAUUCUUCAAUUGAUAUCGUGACAACAUCCUUCCGUGUCACCAAAAAUUUGACACAAGUCAAAGAAUCAAUUAGGCUAGAAAUGAUAAAAGAAAUCGGUCUGACCCAUAUGAGAAUUCUGGAGGGUGUUGGAACAUACUUGCAAUUGGCAAGUAUGUUAGCGAAAAUUCAUAAAUUAAAUAAUAAAACCUAA